CUGCGCAUCCAUCUUUGCGCUUCCCUCGGGAUGCUGUAGGCGGGUUUGCGGGCGGUUUCCCCUCAGGAAGGGCCGUCCUCUGAGCGGUGCGGACGGACGGACACACAUCCCCCGCACACCCCCCCCCCCCCCCCGCCCCGGGGCACCGCCGCUUUUUAAUUUCCAGGAGCAGGCCCCCGCGGGGUGCGCACGGCUGCCGCUGCGCGCCCGCGCAGGCCGCCUGCCCCCGCCCGGCGCAGCGCAGCGCAACGAGCCGAGCCGGGGACGGCGCCGGGCAUGGCGCCGCUGGUGCUGUACCACUGGACUCAGUCCUUCUCCUCGCAGAAGGUGCGCUUGGCAAUAGCCGAAAAAGCCCUGAAGUGCGAAGAGCACGAUGUAAACCUGCCGCUGAGCGAGCACAACGAGCCGUGGUUCAUGCGGUUAAAUUCCUCGGGGGAGGUGCCGGUCCUGAUCCAUGGGGAAAACAUCAUCUGCGAGGCAACGCAGAUUAUCGAUUACCUCGAGGCAACGUUUGUAGAUGAGGAAGUACCAAGAUUAAUGCCAGAAGAAGGGAGCAUGUAUUAUCCAAGGGUACAACACUAUAGAGAGCUUUUAGACUCCUUGCCUAUGGAUGCCUACACGCAUGGCUGCAUCCUGCACCCCGAGUUAACAGUGGACUCCAUGAUUCCAGCCUAUGCCACCAGCAGAAUUCGUAGCCAAAUAAGUAACACAGAAUCAGAGUUGAAGAAACUUGCAGAAGAAAAUCCAGACCUUCAAGAUGCCUAUAUAGCAAAACAGAAGCGCCUUAAAUCUAAACUGCUGGAUCAUGAUAAUCUAAAAUACCUAAAGAAAAUACUGGAUGAACUGGAAAAAGUUUUGGAUCAGGUUGAAACUGAGCUGCAGCGUCGAAAUGAAGAAACACCAGAAGAUGGAAAUCAGCCUUGGCUCUGUGGUGAUUUCUUCAGUCUGGCAGACGUAUCGCUUGCUGUCACAUUGCAUCGCCUGAAGUUUCUGGGAUUAGCAAGAAGAAACUGGGGAAACGGAAAGCGGCCCAACUUGGAAGCCUAUUAUGAGCGUGUUCUGAAGAGAAAAGCAUUUUACAAAGUUUUAGGACAUGUCAACAAUAUAUUAAUCUCAGCUGUUUUGCCAACAGCGUUCCGCGUGGCCAAGAAGAGGGCGCCCAGGGUUCUGGGCACCACCCUGCUAGUCAGCAUGCUGGCGGGAAUGGGUUAUCUUGUUUUCACCUGUCUUCGGAAGAGGUUUGCCAACAUGAUGUUAUCAGUUAGAACCAGGCAAAAUUAUUUUUAGACUCGUCUGUCCCUGGUGGUGAGUGGAGGGCAUCUCUAUCCCCCAGGAAAAUAUCCCCAAUAAAAUAUAAACGUAGAAGAAAGGUUAUAUCUGUGAAUUAGAACAUUGUCACACAGUAAUCGUCUCCGGCUGUUGUGUAAUUGGAUUGGCGAUGCUGAGAUUUGUGGAAAAUAUAUGUUGGGGGGACACAAAGGAAAGAAGAGACAUUCUUUUCAGACGAGGAUCUAUAAGGGCUGUGACAGUGCUUUGUUAAAGUGGUUAUUGUCUCCUUUACCCAGUAGCUGACCUAAUUAUAUUGCUUUUAUUUAAUUGAUAUGCAGCAAUGUGACAGCUUUUCACUGUGAGUGAAAUACAUUACUGCGCAGAAACCAGCAUUGUUGAAAUACUGAAAAGAGCACUUUUAAUGCUUGGAGUAGGAUUUAAGUGGAACAUAGGCUCUGUGCCUGAUGUGUAUGGAAGUGAAUGUCUUGUACUGAUUAAUGUCUGUUGAUUUGCAGUUGGACCUUUAGGAAUGUGUUAAAAAGUGUUCUUGUGGAGCCACUUCUGUCACUGUCUGCUCAUACAGCAGUACAGGAAGAGACCGGAAACACAUAUGAUCAUCAGUGAUUUGUGAGCCACGCGAGUGAAAUUCUCCAGAGGCAUCAGUGGUCAACAGAUGCUAGAUUUCUGCUGAAAUACAAAUGGGAGUGAAAACCUGACACUUGUCUUUUGAAAGACUUUUGGGUAGCCUUUGGCCCAGCCAGGUACCCAGCUCAGCUGCAAGACCUGGAUGGGUCAAACGAAACUAUCUCGGUCCACGUUUCCUGCUUUCACUGGUGUAGAUCAAUAAAGUUAUCGCCACGUUAGUGUCCAUGUACCCUUUCUUGUUUCCACUCUGAACACUAGCUAUCUUUUGCACAUUACUUGGCUAUAUUAGCAACUGCAUGUGCCUCUAUAAAAUGUUUGCCCACAGCGUGCCACAACCAACUAGAAAAUGUGUGCACAACAACGUGUUCUGUAAAAGUAAUUUAAAAUAAUCCAUCGUCUUUCAGUCUGGUUAGGUAGCCUAGAUUGAAGGUGAAGCUGUAAUUUAGCAGUCUGUUUGCUUAUGGAGAGGUGUCAUAUUGGUGGUAGGUGAAAAAUACAGGUCAGUUUGGAGACAGAUGAUUUGUACUGCAGAUUUUUUGCAAAGCUGCACUUCUGUAGCAUGUAGGAAGGGUGUAGAAAAACGCUGUGAUUACUUCCCACUACUCAGUGGAUGCUGAGAGUUUUACUAGAUUUGAACCGAGCUCCCGUUUCAAUGAGAAAUAAGCAUUUACCUGAAAGCAGACUUUGAAUCAUUUUUCAGCAAGAAAGCAAUUGGGAGGGGAUGAAAAUUCUUAGGACAGUAAGGUUUUUAUAUUCUCGAUGAAUGUCUGAAAGCCUCAGGGUUUUGUUUACAAGCUAUAGAUAACCGCAACAGGCAAAACAGGGCUUUAAAUAUUUGCCUAUCAACAACCAGUGCUAACAGGCCUCAGUACAUUUUAGAUCCAGUGCUGGUGGCUGCUGUCUCUUUGUGCAAUUGCUUUUGAGCACCAAGAAGAUCUAGCCUCAAGUGUGCUGGAGAGAACUGAGGCAGUUUCUGUCUGGUCAGUCUUACUAUCUAGGAUAUAUCAAAACAGAUAAAAUUGUUGAUACUCCUGCUGAUAAUUUAGUAUGUGGUAGUUGUCUAGCAAAAGAAGACCUAAAUAUAAUUGCUUCUUUUCAGAAAUAAGAAACAUCUUACCUGGGAAACAAUUAUUUUUUUUAUCUGUCAAAAAGACAGUUUUAUAUAAUUCUAUUUCAUGACCCAGUUGUUCUCAAGAACUUGUUGAAUCGAACGUGCUCUAUUUAGAAAGGUUUUAUUACCUCUAGAGUAAGUUUAAUCCAACAAUACUAUUAAUGUGCUGGCAGCUUUAACUGAGUUUAUGUAUUGCAGUUCAUCUGCAUUUACUUGUAACCCACAAAUUCCGCUAAGGAACUUUCCAAUGAGUUAAUGAACACAGAGUAAGGCCUGUAUUUUAAUGCUUGCCUGGCAUGCAUUUCCAUCAGGUGAUCUGUAAAAUAUAAUCUGAUCAAGUCAUAGCAAAAUUCAAUAUAUAUGACUUAGCUUUUUUAGAAUUAAUUUGUAUUUUACUUUUUCCUUCCUUUUUUUUUUUUUUUUUAAUGUGCUCAUUCAUUCUAGAUAAGAGCGCUUAUAUUCCCAGAGGUGUGUCCGUUUAGUUGACAGUAGCAGCCCUGUGGGCUGUGAUACAGUCUAAUUGUUGAUGAAGUAGUUUUACUUCCCCCAAGCCUCAGUGAUCUCUGGGCUUCAGCUAGUGCUUGUUGCCUGCCAGGAGCUGUAGGUAACUGUUGGGAAGGACUGGAGUGACCACCAGAUGUCAGUGGUCCUCCGGGGCUGCACUUCGCCUGCCUCUGAGAUGUGCAGGAAAACGCUGGUUUUCACAAACAAAAUGUUUGUCAUCCCAGCAUAGGAUGGAUGAGAGCAUCCUCAUCAGACUAGCAGUCUCUCAAGAGCUUUUGAAACAACUGCUUUGGUCUACUACAGGUUGGUUUUCUGGUACCUAUCAUUUAUGUUUAUGUGUAGUUUUUACACUGGAUAAAUAAGAGGGCAAAGUUGAAAUAAUAUUUCAUAUUUAAAUGAAUGUUACCGAACAGCAAUUAAACUUGUCAUCUGCAGGAAUGAAUGUGGAUAAAACUUUUACUGCAAAAAAGUUUGUCUCCCUGGUUUAAUUCGUGUCUAUUAGUUCAACUAUUUGAUAGUCUAAUUAUUUUCACUUCUGUAUAGGUGGCAGCAAAAGGCUUAUCUGUUACUAAAUUCCUCAAAAUAGGAUGAGAUUUAGAAGCACAUGUGCUGUAUAUGGCUCUUUGUGCAGGAUAGCUUUUGUGUGGUGCUUGUAAAUUUUCUUUUCAGCCUGGCUUAUUUUCUUUGCUCUGGUACCUCUGGACACUAUUUAGAUUGGAAACACAAGCAAUCUUCUGGUUUUCAUGUACUAUUUGCUCUCAUAUCAUGCAUCAGAUAUAUUUCAUAUCAUAUCUUUGUAUGUGAGGCCUGCACAAUAAACAUUGAUUCUAAGACCA